AACCCUCGUCUAUAAAUACCAAUCGUCCACUUCCCUGCAAACCCUCUCUCGCUCUCUCUCGUCGUCGGCGUCGCCUUUUGCGUCUCUCUCUUCAAUACCCACAAAAGUCUUCAUCUUUUCGCUUCGAUUUCUGAAAGAGAGAGACUGCAAUCAUGCUGGUUUACCAGGAUAUUCUUACUGGCGAUGAGCUUCUUUCCGACUCAUUCCCUUACAAGGAAAUUGAGAAUGGGAUACUGUGGGAAGUUGAGGGAAAGUGGGUUGUGCAAGGAGCUGUUGAUGUUGAUAUUGGUGCCAAUCCUUCCGCUGAAGGUGCAGAUGAGGAUGAGGGUGUUGAUGACCAAGCUGUGAAGGUUGUCGACAUUGUUGACACCUUUAGGCUUCAGGAGCAACCUGCUUUUGACAAGAAGCAGUUUGUUGCAUACAUAAAGAAGUUUAUCAAGACCUUGACACCGAAGUUGGAUGCAGAGAAUGCUGAAAACUUUAAGAAACACAUUGAGGGAGCAACCAAGUUUUUGCUUUCAAAGCUCAAGGACCUUCAAUUUUUCGUGGGAGAGAGCAUGCUUGAUGAUGGCUGUUUGGUGUUUGCUUACUACAAGGAAGGUGCUGUUGACCCAACAUUUUUGUACUUUGCUUAUGCAUUGAAGGAGGUCAAGUGCUGAGUUUGGAGCAAAAGUGCUUGCUAUAGUUCUAGUUCUAAUUCUAGUCUUCAUUAUUGCUUUGCCUUCUUUUCUAUCCUUUAUUCUGCUUACACUUAAGGCCUCAUGGCUGCUACUGUUUUGUUUUAAUUGUUGUUUCUUGGUCAUGGAAUGCUUUUUAUGUUAUGGGGUGACUGAAAAUAACUUAAAUCAUUGUUCUAUUUAUCCUUCUUAAUAUAAUUGGUAUGGUCUUUGGAUA